AUGCCUCCUAAUUGUUUUACCAAGUUUAAAAGCAGCAAGAAAACUUUUCGUGUGAAGUUGGUAUCAAGGAAGCGAGACGGACUUCUGACCGAAUUUCUGAGUCAAGUUGCCGCAACUCUGCUCGUUGUUGACCAAGCACGGGCUCAAGCACUUCAUGAUUUGGUCAAUAAUGAAUACGUCUCUGGAGAACCAUUCUAUAUAUCACACCUGCCUGAGAAGCCUGUCUGCGAAUUACCUGUCAGGUGUGCUCAAUCGAAUUUAGUUUUCUUAGUAAUGAGUGAUGAACAAAUGUUUUUCUGGGUCGUUCGUAUCGGUAACGAUUUCCAAUUCAGAAAAAUAAAUAUCGGCGAUCACGGUUCAGGUUAUUACUUGACCGCAAACUUAAUUGAAAAGUUAAACAACGAGUUAUGCGGAACAUUGCGAGCCAAAUGCGAGAAUCUUUCACUUGAGGAUGAGCUCAGCGAUGAUGAACUGGCUAAUGAACGGGCGGGUGAUAAACCUCCUGAGUUUCCCAGACAGAGGCAGACGUUAUCAUUGGUCCUAUGGUAUGCCGACCUGAUUAGUGGCCGUUGUUCCCGAACAUUCAUUGUGCAUGGGACCAUGCACAAUGAAUGUUCGGGAACUUUUGCUGCAGAGAUGGACUCCAAUUUAAAUUAUCUGUGCGAAUCUUUCAGAAUUCGUGUCAUUCCCUGCUUGACCACUCUGAAGUUGAUUGUUUGUGUGCACAUCGCAGCCCAUCAUGGCCGAGUAGAGACAGGAGAAAUUCUCUUGGCACCACGAACUACUCGUACAUCACAGACCCCUGCCGUAAAAGAUAAUAUUCUCACCAAGAAAGAUGUGUCAAGUGCUCACCAGCGGGUAAGGCUGGUUGUACUGGGUUACUGUCACAGUGCUCGAGGAGAGAUCAAGGCAGCUAAAGGAGUAAUUGGCAUAGCGCGAUCGUUUCUAGGUGCCGGAGCUCGCUCUGUUUUGGUGGCUCUGUGGGCGCUUGGUGACGAGGCUACGAUGAAGUUCAUGAAGUACUUCCACAAAGAACUUAUAGCAGGAAAGAGGGCCAGUGAAGCUCUUCGGCAGGCUACGAAUUUCAUGAGAGAAAUUGAGUGGCUCGGGAAAGUAUGGAACUGGGCACCAUUUGUACUCAUCGGUAAUUACGUCACACUGGACCUACCACAACGCCUCUCAAGUUUAGACUUUGGCUAA